UAACGAUUCCCCAGCGAGAAAAGAAAUGAAAGCGCCAUCGGAAAAAGCGAAAAAUAUAAAGCGCGACUACAAUUUCAUUUUCUCCUUGUUUUUGUUUUAUUUUUUCUUCCCCUGACGAACUCGGAGGACUUCUCUUCCUCAGAUCUGUCUCCCCAAACGGAACCCUAGAUUUUUGCUUCUCCGGCACUCGUCGAUUCAAGGAGCUCUCGGACCACAGUCGAGCUCGAAUCCGUCGUCGUUGAGAUCCUCCUUCAAGGACCUGUGGAAACUUAAUGGCUAUGGUAGAUGAGCCACUUUAUCCAAUAGCUAUAUUGAUAGAUGAAUUAAAAAAUGAAGAUAUUCAGUUGCGGCUAAACUCCAUACGAAGAUUGUCUACAAUUGCACGGGCUCUGGGUGAGGAGAGAACUAGGAAGGAGUUAAUUCCUUUUCUUAGUGAGAAUAAUGACGAUGACGAUGAGGUGCUUCUUGCAAUGGCUGAGGAGUUGGGGGUGUUUAUUCCUUAUGUUGGUGGAGCAGAACAUGCUCAUGUUCUGCUUCCACCAUUGGAGACAUUGUGCACUGUAGAGGAAACUUGUGUAAGAGACAAGGCUGUGGAAUCACUAUGCAGAAUUGGUUCUCAAAUGAAGGAGAGUGACUUAGUAGACUGGUUUAUUCCUUUGGUAAAGAGACUAGCAGCUGGUGAGUGGUUUACUGCACGUGUUUCAUCAUGUGGAUUAUUUCAUAUUGCUUAUCCCAGUGCCCCAGAUAUGCUUAAGGCAGAGCUCAGAUCUAUAUACAGUCAGUUGUGUCAAGAUGAUAUGCCCAUGGUUAGAAGGUCUGCCGCAUCAAACUUGGGAAAGUUUGCUGCUACAGUUGAAUCCAACCAUCUGAAGACAGAUAUUAUGACCAUUUUUGAGGAUCUUACGCAUGAUGAUCAGGAUUCUGUUCGGUUGUUGGCUGUUGAAGGAUGUGCAGCACUUGGGAAGUUGUUAGAGCCUCAAGAUUGUGUAACUCAUAUACUUCCUGUCAUUGUUAAUUUUUCCCAGGAUAAGUCUUGGCGUGUUCGUUAUAUGGUUGCAAAUCAGUUAUAUGAGCUUUGUGAAGCUGUUGGUCCUGAGCCCACUAGGACGGACUUGGUGCCUGCAUAUGUUCGGCUUCUACGAGAUAAUGAGGCAGAGGUGCGGAUUGCAGCUGCAGGAAAAGUAACCAAAUUUUGUAGAAUAUUGAAUCCACAACUUGCUAUCCAGCACAUCCUUCCAUGUGUGAAGGAAUUAUCAUCAGAUUCUUCUCAGCAUGUGCGUUCUGCUUUAGCAUCAGUCAUAAUGGGAAUGGCUCCGGUCCUAGGGAAGGAUGCCACCAUUGAGCAACUUCUUCCAAUUUUCCUUUCCCUGCUGAAGGAUGAGUUUCCUGAUGUACGGUUGAAUAUUAUUAGCAAACUUGAUCAAGUAAAUCAGGUGAUUGGAAUAGAUCUCUUAUCGCAAUCUCUCCUUCCAGCAAUUGUGGAGCUUGCAGAGGAUAGGCAUUGGAGAGUCCGACUUGCUAUAAUAGAAUAUAUUCCUUUAUUGGCAAGUCAAUUGGGCGUUGGUUUUUUUGAUGAUAAGCUUGGUGCCCUUUGCAUGCAGUGGUUGGAGGAUCAGGUCUUCUCAAUCCGUGAAGCUGCUGCAAAUAACUUGAAGCGGCUUGCUGAAGAAUUUGGCCCAGAGUGGGCAAUGCAUCAUAUUAUUCCUCAGGUUCUGAACAUGAUUGCCAACCCACACUAUUUGUAUCGAAUGACAAUUCUGCAUGCUAUCUCUUUACUGGCCCCUGUCAUGGGUUCUGAUAUUACGUGCCACAAACUAUUGCCUGUUGUCAUCAAUGCUUCGAAGGACAGAGUACCAAACAUCAAAUUUAAUGUGGCAAAGGUACUGCAAGCCCUCAUUCCAAUAGUUGACCAAUCGGUAGUGGAUCAGACAAUCAGACCUUGCUUGGUUGAGCUCAGUGAAGAUCCAGAUGUUGAUGUGAGAUACUUUGCCAAUCAGGCGCUCCAGGCAUGUGAUCAGGUGAUGAUGUCUUCUUGAUAACUGUUGCUGGCUGAUAUACUUUGAUCUCACUGACGGCAAGCAUGAAAAUUACGGCCAGUGUAGUUUCUGUACCAAAGUAGUUCUGAACCCUUGAGGAGAGCCCCUCCCUGUUUGGUGGUAUUCAUCUUUCUCACGGAAGGCAUUUUCAACGAGUUGCACAUUUAUGAUUUUCUUCGGUCUCAUCCCAUUUUGAUUUUUCAAUUACUUCAGCUUCUCUUAGUGAUCCGAUCUGAGUGUGUAUCUGUCCCCGCUCCCAUCCUCUUCCUGUUCAAUAUUGUUGUUUCCUCUCCUUUUCUCUCUUUCUCUCCCUCUGGUGGUUAGACUAAUUUGUCGUCCAGAGUACUUGGAAAUUUUCUUUUAGACGAUGUAAAUUAUUUCCAUCUUGGUAGUCAAGAUCACGAUAGUGGAGAUCAACUUA